UCCUCGCAGCCGCAUCUCACUUCGCUUUCUCUCUCUAAAAAUGUCUUCCUCUUCUCUCUUCAAUGCCUCUCUCUCUCCCCUAAACCCUAAUCAACACCCCAUCCGCCGCCACCCCUCUCCCUCCCUCCUCCGCCACCGCCCCGUCGCCGUCUCCUGCACCUCAGACGGAAACACCACCACUCCGAUCGAGACAUCCGUCAAGCCUCCACGCCGCACCGAGAACACCAUCCGCGACGACGCUCGUCUCCACCGCUCCACCGCCGUGAACCCCUUCUCCGCCAGAUACGUCCCCUUCAACGCUCCCCCCAACUCCUCCGAGCACUACUCCCUCGACGAGAUCGUCUACCGCAGCCGCUCCGGCGGCCUCCUCGACGUCGAGCACGACAUGGACGCUCUCAAGCAUUUCGACGGAGCCUACUGGCGCGAUCUCUUCGAUUCGCGCGUCGGCAAGAGCACGUGGCCGUACGGAUCGGGCGUCUGGUCCAAGAAGGAGUGGGUCCUACCCGAGAUCGACGACGACGACAUCGUUUCGGCCUUCGAAGGUAACUCGAAUCUCUUCUGGGCUGAGAGGUUCGGGAAACAGUUUCUUGAAAUGAACGAUCUUUGGGUGAAACACUGUGGGAUUAGUCAUACCGGAAGCUUUAAGGAUCUCGGUAUGACGGUUUUGGUUAGUCAGGUGAACCGGUUAAGGAAAAUGAACCGGCCUGUUGUUGGUGUUGGGUGUGCUUCUACGGGGGACACGUCAGCUGCUUUGUCUGCUUACUGUGCUGCCGCUGGGAUACCGUCGAUUGUGUUCUUGCCGGCUAAUAAGAUCUCAAUGGCUCAGCUUGUUCAGCCGAUAGCUAACGGAGCGUUUGUGUUGAGUAUUGAUAGUGAUUUUGACGGGUGUAUGAAGCUGAUUAGGGAGGUGACUUCGGAGCUGCCUAUUUACUUGGCGAACUCUUUGAAUAGUUUGAGGUUAGAAGGGCAGAAGACUGCUGCGAUUGAGAUUUUGCAGCAGUUUGAUUGGCAAGCUCCUGAGUGGGUGAUUGUUCCCGGUGGGAAUCUUGGGAAUAUAUAUGCUUUUUACAAAGGGUUUAAGAUGUGUCAAGAGCUGGGGCUUGUUGAUAGGAUACCGAGGCUGGUGUGUGCGCAGGCGGCUAAUGCUAACCCUCUUUACUUGCAUUACAAGUCUGGCUGGAAGGACUUCAAGCCCAUGACUGCGAGUACCACUUUUGCGUCUGCGAUUCAGAUUGGUGACCCUGUGUCGAUUGAUAGAGCUGUGUAUGCGUUGAAGCAGUGUGAUGGGAUUGUGGAGGAGGCGACGGAGGAGGAGCUGAUGGAUGCUAUGGCUCAGGCGGAUUCUACUGGGAUGUUUAUUUGUCCGCACACGGGUGUGGCGCUGACUGCUUUGUUUAAGCUGAGGAAGCAAGGAGUGAUUGCGCCGACGGAUAGGACGGUGGUUGUGAGUACUGCUCAUGGGUUGAAGUUUACUCAGUCGAAGGUGGAUUAUCACUCAAAGGCGAUUCCUGACAUGGCUUGCAGAUUCUCUAACCCUCCUGUUGAGGUGAAAGCAGACUUUGGAGCUGUCAUGGAUGUUCUCAAGAGUUACUUAGGAAGUCAGAAGCUUAGGUCCUAAGAAUCAGACUAUUUGUGUACUCUUUUAAGUGAUCUUUAUCUGUUUCUCAGUUUUGUAAUAAGUUCUAACGUGAAGUUUGAACAUAACAAAUAGCUGUUGCAGAUUACAUUGUUACAACUAGUGAA